AACUUGUAAUGUUUAAAAUAUUAAAGACGUAGUAUAAUUAUAUGCAAUCUAGUUACAUUUAUACUUAUAUUGCAUGGAACAUAACUCAAUAUGUUUUUGCAUGAAACCUCUUGAAUCAAUAUAUUCGUGACAUCACAUGGAUCCGACACAACUGUUCAUAUAAUACCAAAUAAUGUAGACGUAUGACGCUAAUCAAAAAGCUAUUUAACAUAUUAUACAAUGCUGAGACGUCAAUUAAUUUUCUUUAAAUAUUUUAUUCAACUGUAACUAUUAUUUAAAUAUGAAAAAACAGAACAGUAAAAAACAAAAUAAGGGGGCUUCAAACCCACAAUUUACGAGUAAGCCCUUCUGUGACUGUACAAAAUGCAAAUGCAAUAAUUGUCCAGAUAUACUAGAGAUGCUCGCAAUAACAGUCACUGAUAAAUCAUGUGAUUUUGGUUCUAAGGUCAAAGGUAAAAAGGCUCAGCAUGACGAACCAAAUGUAAGAAAUAGACCUAGUCUCAUGAAUGUUAUCCAUGGUUCAGAGUGUAAUUGCGAAGUGAUGGCGCACGCAGUUCGCUCUCACGUGCACAUGAACCUUGGACUACCCGACAUGCACACAGCUAACACUUCAGAGAAACAAAACUCUUCCAAUAAUUAG